CGAACUGAUGAGACCGCCCGUAUGCACAUACUCUUUUGUGGAAACUGUACAAAGACAUCGGAAUUGAUCCGACAACGCCUUCGAGAAAAAGAAAAUUCAUUGAGGAGUAACGUUUUCGUCUGUUCCGUUCUGGGUGUCCUGUCUGCCUCCGUCGCCGUCAGUUUUAACCACGUCUGCUUCUGUCAAAGAGCUGCUUGGAAUUCGAAUUGGGAACUCCUCCUCGAUGGAGCGAGUUAUAGCGUACGUACGUGUCCUAACGACCUUAUGCGCUUGGAAUCUCUUCUCGUAACGCCGUUCAACAGCUUCCGUUAUCACAAGCUUCGAGCCGAAGGCACCCACGGGAGCGCCAAUAUUCGCGCCAUAAGAUCUCCCCGGUGUCUAUUGUAGAUCGGACGGUCAA